AUGGCAGCUAUUUUGCCUGCUGAUCUCCCCCCCAACCCUCUCUCUCUUUUGCAGAGCCUGGAUUUCUGGAGGCUGCUCUAUGCUCUUCUGAAACAAAUCCACGGAGACAAGUGGACAGAGUCUGAUGCCAUAGAUAACCAAAUUAGGUUUGUAAAAUCAGCGUUGUGGUACCAUGGCUAUGACAGGCCAGAACUCUAUCGGCUCCCCUCUGACGGCUCAGCGGGUAGUCGGGAGCUGCUGCUGGCGUUUUCCUGGCUGCUGCACAGACUCAGCCUCUUGGAGCAGCUUUUGGCUCGGAACAGAGUAAAGACUGGGGACGAGACCUCUGUGUGCACGUGUGAAGAUGAUCUGCCUAACAGCCAGAAAGGUACAACUGAAAUAGCACCUGAAUAUGGGCUAGAAGACAGAGUAGAUGUUCGAUACCUUCAGUGGUUAAAUGGGAGACUCAGGUUCCAGUGGCGGAGUUUGCAUGCUCAGCACCAAGAACAAUGCAAACUUUUGCACAAGAUCCAUAUAUUCACUAGUGGCUCCCAUAUGGACCAGAUCCUGGGACAUUUUUCUGUCACAGAAACAGAUCUUGUUAGACAACCGGAGAACUACAAGCAGGUAAUGCUUAUCCUGUAAUUCUUGGAUGCUUAGUAUGCUUUACACAAACAUUGUUCAGCAGAAGACUGCAUUUCUUGUAACAUGCUUUUAACUUGGUUUCCACAGAAAUAAGGGCUCGUAUAUUG